CUCGCGGGCACUCGUUCCCUUGCUUGCUUGCUGCGAAUAGAUUCGAGAUUUCAGCCGCAGUCGCAGACGUUCGGUGCCCACGAUCAGAUCGGGGCCCAGCGCGAGAAAGACCCCCGAGUAACGCCGCGUCGAUCGCGCUCGAGAUCGAUCGAUCGGAUCAAAGUGUCCUCCUAUAUCUCGUCAACCGGGAAAGCCCCCUUCGAGCACGACGCCUACAUGCUCGUACGAAGCUAAGGACACGGUGGUGAUCCUUUGAUUCGAUCGAUUGAUCGAUUGAUCUAGCGCGUCGCCGCGUGCAAAUCUUUGGCAUCUGUCUCCCGCGAGAGAGAAAGAGAGAAGUAUCGAAAAUCAGGGCGAAUAAAGGGGAACGGAAACGCUCGAUGUUCGGUUCGUGUUAUCGAUCGACUAAAAACCGACAGGUCGAGAGAUGGAUGCAGCCGCGAAAGAUCGCCGACAAGAUUUCAUCCCGGCAUAGAUCGAUCGGGUACUAUCAUACGUGAUGGUUGAUUUUUGAUCGUAGGGAGAAGCCAUUUGACUUGCAGAUAUAUCCGGCCGCUUGAAGAGACAAUAAUGAUGACCAUUGAUGCUUUAAAUUACACCGCAUGACACUUGGCUGUGCAAAAUUUCGGAUAAACAAAUUGGAUAAACAAAUUGAAGUAACGGAGAUGGGGAAAUCUUAAAGUGCUUAGGUAUCACUGACCUAGGCAGCUGCCAAGAGAUGUGGUCACACACGCGGCUUUUCCUCUUGGCGUCAACGCUCGCGCUCCUGAUCGGCCACCACGUCACCAGGUCGCAGCGACCGCGGCUCGGCGGUGCCGUAAAUGUUUUCAGUCGUUAUGGCUAUCUGAGUAUCAGCAUGCGAGUGGUACCACGUAACGAUUCUGAAACUUGGAUAUUCCGCGAGCCCACCCUCGAUAUUUUCAAGAAUGCCACGCCGUUAUCGUCCAAGCAGCGUCAGGCAAAAAUAAAUACCGCCGUUUUCGACGGUGACUUCCACAUGGAGUUCUGUGACAAUAUCAGACAGCUUCUACAAGCAUACUUCCGUGACUUCACUUUCGAAAGAUUGGAGAGGCCGUGGCGCGCCUUCACUGGAAGCUGGUCGAAGGCGGCGAUAGCUAGGCAUCUCGGUAUAAAUUCGUCCUUCAUCACGGGCGAUCACUGUUACGUUCUAGUGCGCGUCGCCAGAUUCCGUGAUAAUCAACGACUCGCUGACACCGCCGAGACCCUCGUCCUCGAUGAUUUUGUGUUGCGGCAGACCGAGAACGUUACGGUCGGUGACACUGCGAGUGUUGUGCGAUUCAUCAGGAACUUCGGUUCGCACUAUAUCGCUUCUUACAUCACGGGGAACUCGCUCUAUCAGGUUUUCGUUUACACUCCUCAGGUGUAUUCGCGAAUAAAGGAACGGCUAAAAACACGAGGAGUUGCAGAACUGUCGGCUCUCGAGCUGAGUAACUAUUUUUCGCCUUGGUACGCUGAGCACAUGGGUUCCAUACAAUCAGCGAGUGGUAAUCGUAGCGUAGAAGCAUGGGCCGUGCAACGUCUUCGGAUUCAAUAUUACAUCUUCACUUAUGCCAGCUUAUUGAAAUUGCACGGUGAUACGACAUUGCUUAAGCAAUUGAACAGUUUGUUGGGCGAUGAGGCGCUGCUGCAAUUGCAAUUGAGGACAUUGGCACCCGCUUUCAAGGAUUCAAAAAAACGCGAAUGGUUUAUGGAAGUGCUCGAUAAUUAUUUCAAACUCUGGGAAGUGAACAUGUGAUAGUGUAAUAUGUAUCAAUUGUGGAUAAACUUGAAAUAUUUAGAAUAUGUGUCACACGCAUGUCAGACGACAAAAUCGGCGUGAAAAUAUGAGUAACACUGUUAAUUUCAGCAUCUAUGAAGUCUGUUGCGGGAUCAGCUAAAACGAUUCAGCGACCACCACGACUCAUCAACGAAAACUUUAUAGGUUUUUGUUGAAGAAAAUAUAUCCUUCUGCUACGUAUAUGCAAUGAUAUAAACCUGCAUAAAUACUGUUAUUGUUAUAAAUAAGUAUUUAUUAUUGUAAUCAUAUUAGAAAGCACCUUUAAAUAUUUUUAAUAUACCACAAUUAUUAUUCGUACAAUCUGACUGAAAAAUAUUGUAAGUUCUUUAGUCAAAAUUAAUCUAUUGAUAUGUAAAAGAGAUGAUGUUUUAGAUAUUUUAGAUAUAAAGAUUUAUAUGCGUUUUGUAUUUAUUUAACUUGAUAUCAUUGUAUGUACAAUGAAAUCAAAUUAAUGAAUCAUUUUUUCUUCUCAGAUAUGUUCGUAUUUUAUAAUAGCUCCUAUUUUUAUAAAUUAGAAAAUCUUUGUCACAUUUGUUUAGAUAAAUUGGUAAAAAACGACGUAUGUAUUAGCAAAUUUAUAUUACGAUUAUUGUGGACCAAUAUUAUAGAAGAUUAUAUUAUGUAACAAGUCAA